AAAAAAUGAGCUCCUAUAUAAUGUAAGUUCCAAAAUGAACUUUAGAAGCGAAAGGGUUGUCCAAUCAUCAUCUCUCACAGGCGCCGCCCGUCUCCUCCUUCCUUUUUCUCCCCUUCUCCUCACCUCUCUUCUAAUUCUCUCUCUCUCUCUCUCUCCGACAAUCCCUCGCGACGUCGGCGUAACAGCGACUUCUUGAUUAAAAGAUGGCUGGGAAGUCUAACAAGGCAAAAAGCAAGGGGAGGUCAUUGAAACCAAAUGUUGCCAACUCUUCAGAGUCGGAAGCAAAGCCGGUUGACUCGUCUUUAACCUCAAAAGAUAUUGCGGACUCCGUUAAAUCUCCUACCGUUGAAGCAAAUGGAGCCAGAGAGGAAAUCGGUAAGGCCGUGGAAGAAGACAAGACUGUUAAUGGCAAUGCAGAGGGAACUACUGCUUCAGCAAAAAAGCAGGCUGAAGGGGAACUUCAUCUUUAUCCUGUUCCUGUGAAGGCACAAUCAGGGGAAAAACUUGAGCUACAGUUAAGUCCGGGAGAUUCAGUGAUGGAUGUGAGGCAGUUCCUUCUUGAUGCUCCUGAGACUUGCUUCUUUACUUGCUAUGAUUUGAUUUUGCAUACUAAAGAUGGUUUGGCUCAUCAUUUAGAGGAUUACAAUGAAAUUUCAGAAGUCGCAGAUAUUACUACAGGGGGAUGCUCUUUAGAGAUGGUUGCUGCAUUGUAUGAUGAGAGAUCCAUAAGGUCUCAUGUUCGCCGUGCUAGGGAGUUGCUUUCUCUUUCAACUCUUCAUGUCUCAUUAUCAACAUCAUUAGCUCUGCAGCAGGAGACCUCAAAACAAAAAACUUCAGAUGCUGGCAAAGCAGAAGUUCCAGAGGUUGAUGGAUUAGGUUUUGUUGAGGAUAUUUCUGGUUCUCUCCACAACUUGGUGUUAUUCAAUCCAAAGGAUAUCAAAUGUGUAGAAAGCAUUGUAUUUUCCUCAUUUAACCCUCCUCCAAGUUAUAGGAAGCUACUUGGGGAUCUAAUUUAUAUCGAUGUGGUAACAUUAGAAGGAAACAAGUAUUGCAUCACGGGAACCACAAAAUCGUUUUAUGUGAAUUCUAGCACAGGAAGUAUACUAGACCCAAGACCAUCGAAACCUGCUUACGAGGCAUGUACUCUGAUUGGCUUAUUGCAAAAGAUCAGCUCCAAGUUUAAGAAAGGUUUUCGCGAGCUUCUGGAUUACAAAGCUUCUACACACCCUUUUGAGAAUGUUCAGUCCCUGUUGUCACCAAAUUCUUGGUUGGGAGCCCACCCCAUUCCAGAUCAUAAAAGGGAUGCAGCAAGAGCAGAAGACGCCCUGCCGCUUUCAUUUGGAACUGAGCUGAUUGGCAUGCAGAGAGACUGGAACGAGGAGCUGCAAUCCUGCCGGGAGUUUCCUCACAACAGUCUCCAAGAAAGGAUACUGCGUGGGAGGGCACUCUAUAAAGUUUCAUGCGAUUUUGUUGAUGCAGCAGUGAAAGGUGCGGUGGGAGUUAUCAACAGAUGUAUACCGCCCAUUAAUCCAACUGAUCCAGAAUGCUUCCAUAUGUACGUUCACAACAAUAUCUUCUUUAGUUUCGCUGUAGAUUCUGACUUUGAGCAGAUAUCCAAGGAUCAGAAGUUAAAUUCUCAAUCUGCUGUCGAGAAACAUGAGAGUGCUGUCUCAUCUGAUUUAUCAGCGAAGCCUUUAUCUGAUGUUGCUAGUGAAAAAGCUGGAAAUUCAGAGGGUGUUUCAGAUGUGAAUCCUAAUGAUGCGGCUGCUGAAGCACAAAUUACUGAUGGUGAACAGGCAACUUAUGCUUCUGCAAACAAUGACUUGAAAGGAACCAAAGCUUAUCAAGAUGCUGAUGUUCCUGGACUUUAUAAUCUUGCUAUGGCCAUAAUUGAUUACAGAGGCUAUAGAGUCGUAGCGCAGAGUAUUAUUCCUGGUAUCCUGCAAGGAGACAAAUCUGAUUCUCUUCUGUAUGGUUCUGUCGACAAUGGCAAGAAAAUCAGUUGGAAUGAAUCAUUUCACUCUAAGGUUGUGGAGGCAGCAAAGCGCCUUCAUCUAAAGGAACAUGCUGUAUUGGAUGGUUCUGGCAAUGUUGUCAAGUUAGCUGCUCCUGUAGAAUGCAAAGGAAUUGUUGGAAGUGAUGAAAGGCAUUAUCUUUUGGAUUUGAUGAGAGUUACUCCGCGUGAUUCGAAUUAUCUUGGACCGCAACACCGAUUUUGUGUUUUGAGGCCUGAGCUCAUAGCUUCAUUUUGUGAGACUCAAGCUGCAGAGCAGCCCAGUAAAUCUAAAACUUCAGGAGAGGUUCUAGAAAAACCUGAUACUGAAAGCCAUGCUACUGCUAAUGCGAUCGUGAGUGCUGAUAAGAGUGAAUCUGCUGAAGAAUCUGUUUCCUUUCCUGCUGUGAGUUGCAGCAGUUCAUCUACGGAAAUACUUCUCAACCCAAAUGUCUUUACUGAGUUCAAGCUCGCAGGAAGUCAAGAGGAAAUCGCUGCAGAUGAAGCAAUUGUGAGGAAGGCUGGUUCAUUUCUUCUAGAUGUGGUUCUUCCGAAGUUUGUUCAAGAUCUUUGCUCCCUUGAGGUCUCACCCAUGGAUGGACAGACAUUGACUGAUGCUCUCCAUAGCCAUGGGAUAAACGUUCGCUAUAUUGGAAAAGUUGCUGAAAUGGUCAAACAUUUACCACAUCUAUUAGACUUGUGUUCCAGUGAGAUUGUUGUUAGGUCGGCAAAACAUAUUGCAAAGGAUGUACUAAGGGAAAGCCAGGAUCAUGACAUUGGACCAGCUAUUUCUCAUUUCUUAAAUUGUUUUUUUGGGAAUGUUUUACCUGUUGGCACAAAAGGCUCUGCUAACAACGUGCAAUCAAAAACCCAGAGAAAGGGACACGAAAAUAUUCAAACCCAUAAAUCUGUUAAGGGACAAGUGAGAUCGAGCCAUGGAGCGUCCUCAAGAAGUGUUUCUACCCAUGCCCAUUUGACCUCUGAAGGUGUUUGGUCUAGCAUUCAGGAAUUUGCAAGAUUAAAAUAUCAGUUUGAAGUAUCAGAUGAUGCAAGAAUACAGGUUAAAAAGGUUGCAGUUAUCCGUAAUCUGUGCCAAAAGGUAGGAAUAACAAUUGCUGCCCGCAAAUAUGAUCUUGAUGCUUCAGCGCCAUUUCAAACUUCAGAUAUUUUGAAUCUCGAACCAGUUGUGAAGCAUUCUGUUCCGGUUUGUACGGAAGCAAGAGAUCUCAUGGAAGCUGGGAAAGCUCGGCUAGCUGAGGGAACACUAAAUGAAGCCUACACGCUAUUUUCUGAAGCAUUUUCGUUACUUCAACAAAUUACAGGCCCUAUGCACAGGGAUGUUGCUAACUGUUGCCGAUAUCUUGCUAUGGUUCUCUACCAUGCUGGUGACUUGGCAGGAGCAAUUGUGCAACAACACAAGGAACUAAUUAUAAACGAGAGAUGUCUCGGUCUAGAUCACCCUGAUACUGCUCACAGUUAUGGCAACAUGGCCUUGUUCUACCAGGGCCUUAAUCAAACUGAACUUGCUCUUCGACAUAUGUCUCGAACAAUACUCUUGCUUAGCUUAUCGUCAGGUCCUGAUCACCCUGACGUAGCAGCGACUUUCAUAAAUGUUGCUAUGAUGUACCAGGAUGCUGGGAAUAUGAAUACUGCACUUAGGUAUUUACAAGAAGCACUUAAAAAGAAUGAGCGGCUUCUCGGCCCAGAACAUAUUCAGACCGCUGUUUGUUACCAUGCUCUUGCCAUUGCAUUUAACUAUAUGGGUGCCUACAAGCUUUCCGUUCAGCAUGAAAAGAAGACUUAUGAUAUACUAGUUAAGCAACUAGGGGAGGAAGAUUCAAGAACACGAGAUUCUGAGAAUUGGAUAAAAACAUUUAAAUUGCGUGAACAACAGGUCAAUGCGCAGAAGCAGAAAGGGCAGGCAGUUGACUCACCUUCUGCACAAAAGGCUAUUGAUAUUUUGAAGGCUCACCCUGACCUAGUGCAGGCAUUCCAGGCUGCAGCAAAUCCGAGUGCAUCAGCAGUGAAUAGAUCACUUAAUGCAGCUGUAAUUGGUGAGGGCCUUCCUCGCGGGAGGGGAAUGGAUGAGCGAGCAGCUCGAGCAGCAGCAGAAGCUCGUAAAAAAGCUGCAGCAAGAGGGCUUCUUGUGCGCCAAAACGGUGUUCCUGUUCAUGCCCUCCCUCCACUGACUCAGCUCCUCCACAUCAUAAACUCAAGUGCCGUUGCCAAUGGAGCAUCAACAGCUACCCAAACAAAUGAACCCAAGGGUGAGGCAACAAGCAACGGACCUUUCCCAAAUGGUAGUUCAGCUGGUGCCAAGGAUACCAACACAGUUGAGAAACGUGAGGACCAAACACAAACACCUGUUGGAUUAGGGAUCUCACUUGGUUCUUUGGACGCGAAGAAACAGAAAUCCAAAGCAAAGGCUGCUGCCUGACUAAAUGGUUGUCCAUAAAGGUUGGCCAUGAGGGCCUGUUGUGGUUUCUGCGAUGGUGUAAUGUUUUAAUGGAUAACGCGGCAUUCUUUUGUCUCAUUAGAGGGAGAUUCUUAUUUUCUUUGUUAGGUUUUACAGGACGGCAUCAAAUGGAAAUUGUAGACAAUGAGAUGCUGAAGUUUGUUGUUUUGAUUGAUAAUGUCUUCGCGAUGAUGAAAUUUUAAGGAUGAUAGUGGGAGACCAGUGAUAUGCAGAAGCAACCAAACUCAAUUGCCUGUUGAUGGUACAAGUCAGGUCUCUAAUCGAAUAAGUGGUUGUUCAGCCCUUCUAUAGUAAUGUUGAGGUUGCUGCAACAAUCUCUGCUAAUUUCUUACUUUUCACAGUUGACAGCUCUUUGAUCAUGUAUUAUCUAAUGUGAUGUUAUUGAAGAUGACUAGAGCGGGCAGAGCAUUCAACUUAUAAAACAGGAUGGUGUAUUCAGACAGCUUCUUACCUCUUUUAAAGUCUAUAUAUUUCCUGUCGAGGUUUUCUCUUUC